GGGUUUCUCGUCUCGCACAGACGCUGAGGUCAUUUUGUAUCAAAAUGACAAUUUAACUACAAUCGCGUUUUGGUUUUGUUUUAAUUAGUGAUGCGUUGAACCCUUGUUUAAUUCUUUGUGAUAAUGUUAAAUCUUUACUUUUUCCUCAUAUUUUGCGCCUCGUGUUUGACGGUGAAUGCAGCACAAUCACCAUGCAGCAAGAAUGAAUGGCAGUGUAAAAACGGACUCUGCAUCAACAUUAAAGGCAAAUGCGACGGUACCAGGGACUGCCCCGACGCUAGCGACGAGACGGUAGAGCUGUGCAGCGGGAAUCAGUGUCCACCCAACGCGUACAGAUGCCACUACGGCGCAUGCGUAGAUCGCUCGGCUCUCUGCACCGGCGUGGAAGACUGUGCUGAUGAUGCAGAAGCUUCAACUAGAUGCAAUAACAAGACCAAAGCCUUUUCGACCCGGGUUAAGCGUGAUGUUUUGGGACGAUGGAAAAGACAAGCGGGAUGCAGCAAAAACGAGUGGCAGUGCCGUUACGGGACGUGCAUAGAUUUCUACGGGAAAUGUGACGGGAUCCGCGACUGUCCAGACGGCAGCGAUGAAACCUUCCCUUUGUGUAGAAACACCAUCUGCGAUUCCAGCUGGUUCCGCUGCACUUACGGCGCAUGCGUAGACAGCAGGGCACCCUGCAACGGACUCAAGGAGUGCACUGACAAUUCUGACGAGCUCCUGCCCAUUUGCCGCAACGAAACUGCGGUUAGCGGAGGUAAAUUCCACUGCCAGAACGGGCAGAAGAUAGCGGCGUAUCUUCUCUGCGACGGCAUCAGCGACUGCGGCGACGGGUCGGACGAGACAGUGCGCGCAUGCGCUGGCAACAUCUGCAGCACUCAUCUGUUUCAGUGCGCGUAUGGCGCCUGCGUCGACCCGGGCGCGGAUUGUAAUGGGAAACAAGACUGUGUGGAUGGUUCCGAUGAAUCGGACGAGUUGUGCAACAGAAUUUGGCAUCCAAACUCCACUCCCGCACCAGGUGGCGCCUGUGUACUACCACCAUACCCAGACCACGGCAGUUACGUUGUCAUCGGCAAACCUAACGCGGUUCCUGGUCAAGCCUUCCCUAGCGUAGCCUACAACGUCACGUGUCACCCUGGCUACAGUAUCAUCGGUGACAAAACAGAAAGGGUAUGUUUGGAAGGCGCCUGGUCACCUGAAGUGGGAGAUUGCGUUCAGUUCUGCAGACUCAACAAAGACCAGAGCGUGACUUACCGCUGUCUGCUGGCUGGCACUUCUGAAGGUUUCAGGCCUUGCGGCGAGUAUGAGCCGACCGGGACAGUUAUCCGGGUUGACUGCCGGGCUCCAAAUUACUAUUACAACGGGAACCUACCGUAUAUGCACUGCGAAGCGGGCACCUGGGACUACACGGCUCGCUGCCUUCCAGAAUGCGGCGUGGUGCCCGUUAAACACAGUCUAACAUCCGGCGCCGGCGGCGUGGCGGCGAUGACGGCCGAGUUGCCGUGGCACGCCGGAAUUUACAGGACGACUUCGACGCCGUACAGGCAGAUCUGCGGCGGGUCUCUGGUCAGCGCUAAAGUUGUCAUUUCGGCCGCCCAUUGCUUCUGGAACAACACCAUAGGAAAAAAGCAGCCUGCACGCAACUACGCUGUGGCGCUGGGCAAGCUAUACCGGCCGUGGAUGCUGGAAGAAGAUAAGAGAGUACAGAAGUCUGAUGUUGCAGACAUAAAACUACCCCCUCAUUUUCUCGGUGGAGCCACAAACUAUCAGGAAGACAUCGCUAUACUCAUAUUAAAAACUACAGUAACCUAUUCCAUUUAUGUUCGGCCGGUGUGCGUCGAUUUCGGCGUGUUGUUUGAGAAGCGACAGCUGAAAGAACAGAGCUUGGGAAAGGUGGCUGGCUGGGGCUUAACCGGUCCGGAUGGUCCAGAGUCCCCAACCCUCCAAGUAUUGCACCUGCCCUACGUCUCAAUCGAGGAAUGUCAGUCGAAGGCCCCUCCUGGCUUCACGACGUAUAUCACUGGAGACAAAAUCUGCGCUGGUUAUGAAAAUGGGACAGCAUUAUGCAAAGGGGACAGUGGUGGCGGGCUGGCCUUCCCCGAAUCCGAUAAGGGGACGAUCCGGUACUACCUUAGAGGCAUCGCGUCCACCGCUCCCGAUGACGACCACCUGUGCAAUGUUAACUGGCUCACCACCUUCACACAGAUCUCGCGCCAUGAGAAUUUCAUCAAAGAAUACAUUUAGGUUUACGUUAUCUAUCAGUGCCUCACGUUACCGCCAAUGCUGGUA